GUGCAGACUAUGCUCUGUUAGAUGACAGAGAUGAUCUCCCCCAAGCUACAGUCUGUGCCGCGUCCAGCUGUAGUAAUGACGUCCCCCAAAUUAGGUCCAAAUCAAGUGAUGACGUCUCUUUUUUCACUGCCAUGUCUAGAUUAAGUGAUGAUGUUCCUCCAGUUUCACUUCAUGUCACAUCUGACUGUAAAGAUGACGCCCUCCAAACAUCAGUCCGUUGUGAAGCUGACUUGAGUGUCGACGUCCCUCAGUCUCCAUUUCACGAAACAUUAGACUGUAGAGUCAGUGUCCCCCAAGCUUCAGCCUGUGCAGCGGCCGACUGUAGUGUUGAUGCUCCCCAAGAUCCAGUUUGUCAGACAGAGGACACUGUCCCACCUCAGUCAAGCCAGAUACAAGAGGAUGAGACAGCUAUUGUCAUCAAUUCACGCCGUUAUGAAGUCAAAGGUCAUCUGGGUGAAGGAGGCUUUGGAACUGUUUCAAUGCUGCGGACUCGUUUGGGAUUGAAUGGGCCUACAGAUUUUGCCUCCAUCUGGGACACGAAACUCAUCAGCAUUGACGGCUAUCCUGAACCUCUUCCACUGGAGGUGGCUUUGCAAAUUCUUGCAAAUAAAGGCCCCAGGGUUCAGGAAAUCAUCCAGCUUCUGGACUGGCAGGUGGAGCCUGACUAUUACUUUAUGGUGCUAGAGCGGCCCAUGCCCUGUCAGUCCUUGUAUGAAUAUUUAAAGUGCUACGAGGGCACCAUUGAAGAGGACGUGGCACGAGUUAUAAUGCACCAGGCAAUAUUCGCAGCUCGAACAUGCUGCCUGCGUGGAGUGUUUCACCGGGACAUUAAGCUGGAAAACCUUCUGAUUAACCCGGACACACUCCAAGUCAAAUUAAUUGACUUUGGCUGCGGUGCGAUCCUCACCGACGCGGGUUACACGUCCUUUGCUGGCACAACAGAGUACUGCCCUCCAGAGUAUUACAUGACCGACAAGUACCACGGCGAACCAGCGACAGUGUGGUCACUCGGGAUCCUCUUGUUUGUGAUACUUUUUUAUAAAUUUCCAAAGAGACGGGACCUGCAGAAGAUGAAUGGUGAAAGCUGGACCAAAGCUGGCUUUUCGAAAGAAUGCUGUGAUUUUAUUCGCUGCUGUCUACAGAUCGACCCGAAGCAGCGAAUAGAACUGGACAUGCUCAGUCUCCACGACUGGUUUUAUGGUGAAUACAUUUAG